AUGAUUGUGAUCCGGAGUGAGAGGACGAGGCACAGGAGGCGGUGGCUAACAAGGCUCCAGUGGGGGGCCCUCUUAUGCGUGAUGGUCCUCAUCUACGGCUCUCACGCGCCUCUCAUCGCUCUGAGCAAAGUAGACCAGCACGUGCCCUUUGACCCCUCCUCCUGCGUGGUCAUGAUCGAGCUGACCAAGCUGCUCGUCUCGUUCGCCGCUUUCGCCGCAACCGACGGUGCGUCCGCCUCGCUCGCCCUUCCCUCCCUAGCCCUGGCGGCGCCGUACGCCGUCCCCGCCGCACUGUACGCCCUCAACAACAACCUGGUGGUCCUCAUGCAGGCCUACAUGGAUCCCAGCUCCUUCCAGGUCCUCAGCAACCUUAAAAUCGCCGCCACGGCUCUGCUUUACUCACUGUGUCUCGGCAGGAGGCUGCGCCGGGGUCAGUGGUUCAGUCUGGGGCUCCUGAUGGCGGCGGGAGCGUGCCACAGCUACAGCAGCCUGGGUCCAGCGGAGGGGGCGGCGGCCAGGCUUUACAUCACCGCAUGGGGGCUCUUCCUCAUGUCGGUGUACUGCUGCGUCUCUGGGCUGGCGGCUGUUUACACAGAAAGGACGCUGAAGAGCCAAAAUCUUCCACUCAGCCAACAGAACCUCUACCUUUAUGCGUUUGGUGUGCUCAUCAACGGGAUGUCGUCCCUCUCCGCCCUGGCAAGCGACAAGAGCUUCCUAGAAGGAUACUCCUGGCCCGUUUGGGCCAUCAUUGCAGGGCAGGCGGCGAACGGCCUCCUGAUGUCCGUGGUGCUGAAGCACGGCAGCGGCAUCACGCGACUAUUCGUCAUCUCCUGUUCCAUGCUGGUCAAUGCUUUGUUGUCCUGGGCCUUCUUAGGGCUGCAGCUCACCUUCUUCUUCCUUCUGCCCGUUUCCACGGUCGGCCUGGCAGCUUACCUUUACUACACAUAGCUGAAACUCCAAUCCCUGCUGAAAUGUGUGACUAUGUCUGCCUUUUCAUCCUGCACUAAUGUGAACGUGACUUUUUCAUUAGGUA